GCGGUGAUCCGACCGAUGAUGUACGUCGCAUUGACCUACGACCAUCGGCUGAUCGACGGGAGAGAGGCGGUGACCUUCCUCAGGAAGAUCAAACAAGCUGUGGAAGAUCCUCGAUGUCUUCUUCUAGGGCUGUAG